UUUUAAUGAAAAAGACAAUGAUUUAUGUGAGGUUGAUAUUUGAGAAAGUACAGAGUGAGAAAUUGGGGAAAAAAAUAACUAUUACUAUGAAGAAAGUAAAAAGGGAAUUAUAAAGUGUGAGAAGGCAAAAAACUAGAUAUUGGAUUAGUUAUUCCCUGGGUUUUUGCUGAAAGUAGUAUUGAUGAUGAUUAUUUCCAAUUGGCACUCUUAAAGUGUGAGGUUUGGAUACCAUAAAUUCAUAUAUCUUUUCCAAUAGAAGCUGUCUAGAAACUUGAUUACAGACUCCAGUGAUGAAAACUUCCAUUAGUUUAUAGAUUAAAAUGUAUUGCACCCCUUUGAGUAAAAUUGGUAAGGAGUAGGUUUUAUCUUCUAUAUAUCCACAGAAAACACAGAAGUGGGAGCGCAGUUUGAAAUAUUUCACUUCUUGAUGGAGCACCAAUAUUGAGAGAUUGGGGGAGUACAGAUUUGAAAUUCAUUCAGAAAAGUUUAGGGAGAUACUCGAGUUAUCUUUAAAUUUCAUGCAAUCAUAAAAGGGUAGUGUCCCUAGGUGUUUGAAUGCUCCCUGCUAAUUAUUAGAUGAGUUACCCUGGGGAAGUUCCUGAGUCUUCUUAACCCUCAGUUCUCUCAUGCAUCUCAAGUGUUGUUCUCAUAUGGUUGUUGUGGUAAAAUGGAAGGCAUUCAUAAAAACGACUAUUUAUCACCCUCUUCCCUGCAAAGAAGUGACUGAAAACACCUCAAAUCCCUAAUCACAUGACUAAACACAGAUGGUAAAAUAUAGAAGCCUCUUGUUUCCAACAGGUAGAGCACAAUGGAAAGAGCUAAUGGCACCACCUUCUCCAGAUUCAUUCUCUUGGGCUUCUCUGGCAGACCCCAUCUGGAGACAGUUCUCUUUGUGGUUAUCCUAAUCACCUACUUGUUGAGCUUUCUAGGCAAUAGCACCAUCAUACUUUUGUCAACUUUGGAAUGCCGUCUCCAUACCCCUAUGUAUUUCUUCCUCUCCAACUUGUCUUUUAUGGAUCUUUGCUUGACUACUUGUACUGCCCCUCAGACACUGGUCAACUUCAAGGGGAAGGACAAGACCAUCACCUAUGGUGGCUGUGUCACACAGCUCUUUAUUGCCUUGGGACUGGGGGGAGUGGAAUGUAUCCUCCUGUCUGUCAUGGCUUAUGACCGUUAUGCAGCUGUCUGCCGCCCACUCCACUACAUGGUGAUCAUGCAUCCCCAGCUUUGCUUGCAGUUGGUUGCAACUGCUUGGCUUACAGGCUUUGGCACUUCUGUGGUCCAGACGGCAUUGACCAUGACUCUCCCUCUCUGUGGUAGAAACCAAGUGGAUCAUUUCUUCUGUGAAGUCCCAGUGAUGCUGAAACUGGCCUGCACCAACACCUCCAUCAAUGAGGCUGAAGUCCUUGCUGUCAGUGUCUUCUUCCUGGUGGUGCCUCUCUCACUCAUCUUAGUGUCCUAUGGUCACAUUACCCGUGCAGUCCUGAUGAUAAAGUCAGCACAGGGGAGACGGAAAGCUUUUGGAACCUGCAGUUCUCAUGUCCUGGUGGUGAUCAUUUUCUUUGGCACGCUGAUCUCCAUGUACCUCGAGCCUCCCUCCAGUUACUCACAGGAUAUGAACAAAAGCAUGGCACUCUUCUAUACUCUGGUGACUCCCCUGCUGAAUCCGCUAAUUUACACUCUGAGAAACAAGGAAGUCAAAGGGGCACUGAAGAGAUUAGUGGGGAGAACCAUAGCCUCAAGAAAGAGUUAAUACAGGGCUUGCAGGCUCAAUCACUUGUGCUCUGGAAAACUUCUUAGCAGCUAAAGCUAUUUUUAACGUAACUCAACAAAUCCUCAUGCAGCACGUAUUAUGUACCAGGCCCUUUCUAAGUAUUUGGGAUAUGUCAGUGACCGAAAAAGAGA